AUGUCAGAAGAUAUGUUGUAUGUUGUUACAUCAGCAAAGUAUGGUAACUUUAAGGAUAAAAAUGACAAGAUCAACAAUAACACAUCAACUACAAAAAAAACAAUAAUAAAUAAAUUGAAUCAACACUGGUCAAAAAAUCAUUUGUUAAAAAUUAAAGAUAAAAAGAUAGAUUAUAAAAGUGAACCGCCACCUCCACCCUACGUCUACAGUCUUUCUAUAUGUCCAGUCGCAGACUCCAAUCUCAAGUACCCCAACAGAUGGGUCGGUGAAGACGUCUUCAACUCGACAACACAAGAGUGUCAGAACGACAAAACCACAUUCCAAGUAUUUCAUAUUCCAAAGCACAUCUUAGAUGAAGGUGUUAAAUAUCAACCGGUUUUCUAUGUAACUAAUAAUGUUGAUGGAGAUCUUAAAUAUUAUCAUCAAGUAGGUGAUCAAACCAUUUAUAGUGGUGUGUUUAACUUUGCUCAAUUAAUGAGAGAAGACUUUGCCUAUUGUGGUGGAAAGGAGUUGGCAAUCUACAGAGAUGCUCCACUCGAUAAUCUGGACGGUGAUUACAUCAAAGGUCAAUGUAAUAGUACCAAAACCGGUUGUGUAUACGAACCUGCAAGAUCUUUAAAUUCAUUCCAAUUUCCAACUCCCUAUGAUGUCGUAGCGAUUCCAGAGGAUGGAUCGAGAAUACAAAUUGAAAUCACAAUGAAAUCAACGGAACCAGUAACGACACCGAUCACACCGGAUGUAUUCAUUGAGUUUAGAGUUGCCGGUCUUGGUCCAGAGCAGAAAAAGGGACUCAUUUUGAUGGGCAUCGGUGGUGUCAUGGCAGAUCUGAUGCCAGCUUCACUUUUCUUUUUAUUACAACGUUAUUACUUUAAGAAACCAAUGUCACCGGUAAGUGAUGAUUUGGUUGGCAUGAUACCCUUGAUGGAAAUAUUGUCAUCUAUUAGAUCAUUAACAAAUAAUGUUAAUACCAAUAUUAAUAUAUCAACACCAUCAUCAAUUUUAACAACAAGAUUAUAUAGUAAUAAUAACAAUAACUAUAACAAUAGUCAUAUUUUUAAUAAUAUUAGUAGUAGUAAUCAAUUAAAUGUAAAGUCAUUCACCACCACAACAUCAACAGCAACAAUAAAAUCUACAGUUUCAACAAAUACACAACCACCAACAUCAUCAACAUCGUCACCAAUUUCAACAAAUAAAAUCGAUGUAAGAACAGCUAUCAAGUCAAUUGUAAAGAAUCGACCACAUAUUCCAAUAGAUUUAUCAUUACCAAGAAAUGAAAUAAUUGCAUUUUUAUUUUCAAAGAUAAAUGAUCCUAAAGAAUGGUUGGAAGUGGCAAACACUGCUGGCAAUAGCGAUACCGAUUCCAUUGCGAUCAAUGCAUUGCUAUUCUCACUGAAUGGCAAGUAUCCAGAGAUCGGCGAUCUCUUGGUACACUCUGGUUUCGAUAGUUCUGGCACCACACAGCUACACAGAUUCAUUAAACUGAUAGAGAUCACCGGAAGAAUCAAUUACCUGGUGCAAUCGAUCAAUAAGAACUUCAAGAGCAGUUUCUACAAGGAUACACCAGCGAAAAUCGUAGAUAUCAAAGACAAGUUGGUAUCGCUUGUCGCCGAGCUCGACGAUGCCGAUCGUCUCGAGCUGCUGACACUUCACGACAUGAAACAGUCGAAUCUCAUCGAUUGGCUGUUCUCGCUGUCGACCGAGCAGCUUCAACAGUGUAGCUUCAACAGUGAGUUCUACCUGCACGGUCUGUAUGGAUCGUUGUCAUACUCACCGAACAAGUCGCAAUUCUGGCUGCGACACAUGGUUACCUCGGGAUUGCCAGUCGAUCUCGACAUCUACAUCGACGUGCAAUCGGCGCUGAUCACCGUCAGCCACGACAUUGCCAACGUCUACAGCAAGAUGCGAUCGAUGUUCGAUCCACUCGGAUUCCCGGUGAACCACCAAACCCUCUAUAACCUAAUAACCGUUUCACUCUCGUCGUUCCUCCAUAGCAGUACGAACAACUAUCACCAAGAGGAAUCUCUGGAGAAGCAGUUCAUCACAGACAAUGACUUUAACUUUUUGUUGGACACGGUCGAGCGUGACUCAAAGUCGGUUGGCGACGCCAUUGAGUUGUACUCGGUCAUGUUGAGAUGUUUAUUCGCUUUGGAUUUCCACGGAAGGGAUAUAGUGAGCGAACGAUUCCAACGCGGAUUACAAGUGCUGGCGAGAGCACCCUCGAUUAGCUCUGCCAACAUUCUCAUUCAAUACCUGGUGAAUACCGGCAAUAUGCAAUCGAUAGACAAGGUAUUGAGUAUAUUGUUUGAUACAAACAGCGAUAAUCAUUCAUUGGAAACACUCCUGAGUUUGGUUCGUGAGAUUCCAGAUCGUCAGCUGCGUGCCAAGCUUCUGCGUCCGUACGUGUUACGAUUGGAUCCAUCGCUGCACUCUGAAGAGGCAUUCUAUGAGUUGCUUAUCAAACAUUGCAUUCAAGACAUCAAAGGUUUGGAGGAGUUGACACAGCUCUUUGACUAUGGAUUGAAACCAAGCUUCAAGACACUCUCUGCGUUGAUCAAGCGAUUUGCUACUAUCCCAUGGAUUGAGCUUGCCAAUCGCUACCAAAUCCCUGUCAAAUCCAGUCAUUUCAUCUACUUGAUGAAAGCAACCGAUCUAAGUGCUCUCCUAAAGCUACACAGCAAACUGAAAGACAGUAACUUGGCGAUCGAUAAAGAAACCUAUACCUAUUUGUUUGAGAGAUAUGCACAGGCUGGACAUGUAUCGGCAGUACGUCUAUUGUUGGAACAAGAUACACCGUCGGAUUUGUCGAUGAACGAUAUCAUCAUGUUGCUCAAGAAAUACCCAGCUCUUCCAGUGAAUGCCAGUGAUGUAGAACAUCUUUCAUCCAACUCCAGUGAGGACUUUGCUUUCCUCUCGUUGUUUGAUAUCGCUUUGCACAAUGGACAUCUCGAUAUCGCCCAACAACUCAUUGUCAAAUUGACCGACAUGGUUACGCCAGCCAAGUUGGAUGUACUUCGCGCGAACCUCUUGGUUACCGCAGCCAAGGUGGAAUCAACCUUCUUUACACGUCUGUUCUACUCUGAGCAAAGAAGUGGUGGAAUGCAAAACGAUGUCAUUCGUCAUGCUUGUCUCUUUGCAAUGUCACGUAUCUCCAACAUCCGUGGUUUAGUACCGAUGUUGGCGCGUGGACUUGGAUCCGAUCUCUCCACAGAAGACAUGUCAUAUAUCGUCGCUUUCCUCAAUGACGAAGCAAUACUCGAUCGAUUCUACGAGAACCCAGAGCUCUCCUCUCACUCCAUAACCAAUAUCAUCAUUGGACUCCACAAGAACAAAGCAAAGUAUCAUCAAAUCAACAAGUGGAUAAAGAAGCUUAUCAAAACGGAACCAUCUCUUAUCCUAGUGGAGACAGUACUGACAAUGAUUCCCGAUGACUAUAUGACAAACGAUGUGAUUGACCUAAUGAAAUACUGCGAGAAAUUCGUUCCCAUCACAAAGGAGCGUAUCAACCUGCUCCCGAGAUUCAACACUGUCAAUUUGGUGCCAAGAAAGAUGUGUCAAACCUAUCUGCAUUUGAAUCAAUACGAUAAGGUACUCAAGUUGAUGCUGGCGAUGAAAGAUUACUCUGACCAAUUGUUGAUCAUCGACCAGUUCAUGUCGUUGAAGAUGACCGACAGUUGGCUCGUCGGAGUACUCACCAAACUCAAUGAAUCCGACAUGAUCUUCCAGAUGCACAUUGACAGCUUCAUCUCGUUGCUCUCUGUCUUCCACCCACAGGAAGCACUCAAUGCAUUCAACAUCAUCGAGAACAUGACACUCGAAGCACCACCCGAGUUAAAGUGGAAAUUCCGUAUUACGCCAUCGAUUAUCGACUCGUACUAUCUGGCACUUGCCGGACAAGGUCGUUACCGUGAGCAAGCACUCAAGUCACUCGGUCUCAACAAGACUGCAAUCAUCUACAUCGCAGAGAUACGUAACCAACUACACCAAGGUUACCUAUCACUGUCGUCGCUCCGCACCAUUCUCGACAAUAUGAAACGUGACUACAUUCAACUGAAGAAACCGCACUACAUGAUGUUGUUCACCAUCAUGACCGAGGCACCAAAGAACUACCAUGACAUCCACAAGAUGGUUGACUUUAUUUUCAACACCUCCAAUAUCGAUCUUUCACACGACCAAGUUGCACUUGAGAUUCUCUGUGAGUUUAACCAUUAUCGCGAGAUCGUAGACACCAGACUAUUAAAGAAUCAACAGAGAACACUCUCCUACCGACUACUCUGUGAGGUCAUCGACAAAUACUCGAAACCAUUCAACCCUGUAGCACUAUCUACUCUAUAUGUUAAACUUAUCAAUCAAUUCCCAACACUUUACAACGAUCAGAAAUCUUACACCGACAUCACAACUAGAAACGUAGAGAGAUCCAUCAACUACAAUCAAUAUUAUAAUAUACAUAACAAUAAAUCAUAA